AUGUAUCUUGACGAUUAAUAUACAACUCCGACUACUCAGGUUAAAUCAAUAGAUAUCUCUUAGUACUCUUAAAACUUUUCAUAAUAUAACUAGUAAACUAAAUUUACUAUUAUUGAAGAUUUUUAAAAGGAUAUACUUAUUAUAGUAUUUACAGAUAAUGUGUUCUUUAUUUAAAUAUCAUAAACUUAAAUAAUUCAUUAUCUCAACUUUUAAGAAAAUCUAAGCUAAUCCUAAGCUGACGGAUAAAUUAGAUCUAUAAGUCUUGAUAAACAAAGUAAUAUACUUACAUGUAUCACAUAAGAAAACAUCAUAAUUUAUGAUUAUUCUUCAAUUACUUUCUAUGAUUAUUAGAAUUUUUAUUUAGGUCCUCAAAAUGCAGAUUUAAUUAGUUACAUUGCAUAAACAUCGAACUAAAAUGAUAAUUUAAUUGUGUUUGCAAGAGAAUUCAAUUAUAAUUUAAUUUCUUUUUACUAAGUCUCUUUGUAAAAGUAAACUAUGACACCAUUUUUAAGUUUAGAUGUAACUCAAGACUAAGAUUUAUAAUUUACAUUAAAAGGAGGACCACUUGGACGCAUAUUAAAUAUAAAUGAUGGUAUUAAGUAUAAUUAUAGAAUUAUACAAAUUUUGAAAUAAACUACAAAUGAUUUGUCGUAAUAUAUAAUUAUUUAACAUCAUAUUUUAAGGUAUUGCGUAUACCAACUUAACAAUUCAAAUAUUAAUCUCAUUAAAAUAUAUUAUUUUUAAUCUAUUAAUUACCAAUAUUACACUUUACUAGAGGAAUUAAACUUCUUCCCUAUUCUGCUACUUUAAAGCACUAUUGCUUCUACUAUAUAUCUAUAAAUUAUAGACAAUGAAAGUAAUAUUAUAAGUUUAGUUUCUAGUUAAUUCUAUUAACUUAUUAACGAUUGCAAUAUUCGUAACUAAACUAUAUAUUGCUUUGACUAACAAGGAAUGAAUUUAAUAACAAUUAACAUUUAAGACCCAAAUAACUUCAAGUUUACAUAGAUAAGUUAGUUAGAUCAAUAAUUAACCAAUUAAAAUAUAAUAUUUGGUAAAAAUAUCAUUUAAAAUACUACAAAUCUACCAUUAGUGUUUUAUUGCAGUAGUAUUGUUUUUAGUUGGAAUCCUAUCCUAAAUAAAUUAUCUAAAUUGUAAAUGGCAAAUAAUAUUUAAUCAUUAAAAGUUGGUAGCUAAUACAUUUUAUUAGAACUUUAUUAGACAUUUGAUUUAAAGUUAGUAGCUAUUGAUCAAGAUGGUAUGCUAGUAAAUUCACUUUAUAACUUGAAAUAGCCUGCUUAAAAGCUGAGAGACUUAUCUUCUUCAAGCCAAAUUCCUCUCUUUUAUAAUAAAAAAUACGAAGAGUCAAAGAUAACUGAAUAAAUAUCAUAGUUUUUAGUCUUACAAACUUUUGGAUAGGCAAACAUUUAUUCUUUAAUAGAUUUUUCUCUUUAUCUAACAAUAAGGUCUUUUAAUAUUACAGCAAUUUAGUAAAUUUAAAUAUUAUCAAAAUAAAUUAUGCUUUUAGCUUCAAAAGCAGAAAUUGAUGUGUACUACUUUUCUAAAAAUAACUAUAAUCUACUAUAAUCAUUUUAAGUUAGUUUACCAAUUAUUGGUUAUGCUAUUUUAAAUACUGUAUAGUAGUUAAAUACAUAUCAGUUGUCAAUGGUUAUCAGCUCAAAUUAUGACAUUAGAUUGUUAUAAUACACUUUAACUACAAAUUAAAAUGUAGAUUCUUCAAUAUAUGCUUCAGAUUAAUAGUGUGUAUUAAAAUUCAGUGACUAUAUUUAAGACUUAUCCCUACUUCAAUAUUCUGUAAAGAUGUAAGCUAUUUAGGAUUAAUUUGUAUCAAAAAACUAUGCCAAUAUUUAAGUUUUGGAGAUAUAUUUUAUACCACAAACAAGUCUCUAUUUAAGAUAAGAUAUUUUUUAAACACUAAAAUCAUCUAAUUUUACCUUAAGGCUAUAUUCAGAUUAGUAAAAUUCACUUGUCUAUCUAAUAAAUUAAAAUUAUAAUAAUAUCAACAACAUUUUUAAUGCAAGCAUAGCUAAUUUAGAAAUUUUGAAUAUGAGGCUCACAAUUCCUUAGUAACCAUAAAAUAAGCAAUUAAUUACCCCGAUUGUAAUUGAUAUUAAUAGUAGCUAAAACAUUUUAAGCAUAAGUUUGGCAAAUACAAUUAUUGAUUUGGAUAGCUAAGUAUGUAUUAUAUAUUAAAAUAUGAAUGAGCUUAUUUUUUCAAAUUCAGAUUUUAUCACUUCAUAACAUUUGAUUAAUAGCAGUGCACAGAAUAGCUGCAUGAUUUUAAUCAAAAAUAUCAACUUUGUUUAUUUAGACAGACUUACAUUUAAAAACUUUACCACUUAAAAUAAAUAUCCAUAUUUGAAAUAUUUAAUUGCAUUUGAUAGCAUCUAAACUCUAAGCAUAUCAAAUAUUGUUAUUUAAAAUUCAAAUCUACAAGUAAGCAGUAUAUUUAACUUUUAAAAUAUUGGAAAUUUAACAAUAAAUAAUAUUUUAGUGAACACCACUAAGUCAAGUGGUUCUAUAAUCUCUUCCUCUAAUAUCAAUAAUUUUUUUAUCUAAAGUCUGUAAAUUUAUAACUCUUAAUUUGAAGGAAAAUCUUACUCUUUAAUAUAAAUUAUGGGAUCUUUAAUAAACAAUUUAUAAAAUCUUACAGUUACAAAUAGUACAGGACCUUCUUUUGUUUAAGUUUAAGAAUAAUUUUAUAAUAAAGUAAUAAUCAUAGUUUCAUAAGUUACAGUUUCUAAAUUGUAAGUUAUAGAUAGUGAAUUCAAAGAUCAAUAAAACCCAUCAAUCUACAUAUCAAGCUUAAAUAUAAAUGUAGAAAUUAUGAGCAUUUAAAAUGGAAUAUUUAAUAGCGAUAUAAUUUAAUUUUAUUCAAACAUAAUAAAAGUUUAAAACUUAAUAGUAAAUAAAAACUAGAUAUAUGGCUCACUAUUUUUGUUAAAUAGCUUUUAACAUAAAAACUUAGGCUCUGAAUUAGACGCUUUAAGUUGUUAGAUAUAACAUAGUUAAUUUAAUGAUAAUAGUCUAUAAAAUGGUUAAGUGAUUUAUAUUUUUUAGCAUAGCAAAGUUAUUUUGAGUGACUUAAUAAUUAAUAUGAAUUAUCUCGAAGAAACUUUUUAUGGAACAGUAUCGUUUGAUACAACAAAUAAUAUAAUAAUUAAUAAUACCCUUAUUUCUAAGAACAAUGUUUAAAAGGGUUGUGGUGGAGGAAUAUAUAUUAGUAAUAGUUAAGUUUAUCUUAAUAAUUGUACAAUUUCCUUUAAUUAUGCAGUAAUCGGAGGUGGAAUCAGAUACUAAGGAAUGAAUUCUUCAUUAAUUUAUAGAGAUAACAAGUAUAAAUAUCGCCAUCUUGAUAUUUAAUAAUCUUAAAUUUUUAAUAACAAGGCUCUUUUGUUUGGCUAAUAAAUUACCUCUUAUCCAAAAUCAAUAAAAUUUCAAAUGAAUUAUACUUAAAUGUUAUCUUAAUUGGUAUCUGGAAAUACUUUGAGUUAACCUCUUAUAUUUUAUUUGGUUGAUGAAUUUGAAGAAGUAGUAAAUUACCCCUUAAAUAUUGAAACUAAUAAAAUUCAUGAAUAUAUAAUUAAAGAAUUUUAAGGAUAUGAUAUUCUUAUUGUAAACUAAGAUGAGUCGAAAAUGCACAUUUAAGGUGGAAUUUAAAUUUAUAAUAAUUAUAUCACUUUUUAGCCAUAAAUAACAUCCAAUCCUUCUAGCACUUAGUUUUUAUAAAUUUAACUUUCUUCAAAGGUACCAAUUUAUGAUUUUUAAUAAAACUAUUUCAUAUUAAGCUCAGUAGAAAGUAAUAUUUAAUUAAACUUUUUGCCAUGCUAAGUUGGGUAAAUUCCUAAGUAAGAAUUUAAUCUCAUUUAAUGUUAUGAAUGUCCAUAAGGUAAAAAUAAUAUUUGCUAAAAAUUUUUUCUAAAAUCCAAUAAUAAUUAUAUGCUUCAUUUUAAAAAUCAUUUUUUAUAAGAUCGAUUACAUAAACAUUUAAAAAGAUUAAAACUAUAAAAAUAAAUAAAAAAAAUAUUUUAGGAUUUUUAAUACUAUAAAAAAAAAUAGGAACGUAUUCUUUUAUAAGCAGCUUUUCUGAUUCAUAGACUAAUUAAUGCAGCCGUUGUCCUGAAUAAGCUAGUUAUUGUGAAAAAGAUAUAAUAGUUCUAUAAGAUGGAUACUGGAGAUUAAAUCCACAGUCGAGCAAGGUAUUUGCAUGUUCUAAUCCUUCUAACUGCAUAUAAGCAUAAAAUUAGUAGAAUUAUAACUUUUCUACCCAAAUGCAUUAAGGUAAAUGCUUAAAAUUUAAUAAUAUUAAAUUAUAAUAAUUUUAUUAUAGAAUAAUUUGAAAAAUCAAUUUGCAGAGUUGGUCAUAUAGGAGCAUUAUGUGAAAGUUGUGACAUUAAUAAUUAAUUAUGGGGAGAUUAAUAUUCUAAAAGCGAUAAUCUUAGCUGUAUGAAAUGCAAAGAUAAUGAUAUAGAUAUUAUUUCUUAUUUCCUUCUAUAUUUAGCAAUGUUGUGCUAUUUAUCAUUCUGUUUUAGGAAAAUAUAAAGAUUCACUACUCAAAAAUGCCUUUUUUUGUAUAUCAAGCGAUUAAAUUUUAUUUGUAUUGGCAAAUCAUCAGAGUCUGAUUAGAAUACAGUUGCUACUAAGAUAUUAAUCAAUUAUGCUCAAAUUAUUACUAUCAUAUUCUAAUUUACAAAUUUUUCUUAUUAUAUCAAAUAAGUAAUUGGUAUUUUUGGAGACUCCUCAUCGGAUUCAAUGUAAUUUAUUUUUUUUAGAAAUUCAUCAAAAUUAUAAAUCAAAAAUUUUUAAAAUUUACUUUAUUUUUGGAAUUAAAAUAAAAAAAUAAAUUUUUUUUACCCCUUUUAAAAAAUAAAUAUUAUUAUAUUAAUUUAAAGGAUGUCAAUAGAUUGUAUUUUGAUUAAUUCUUUAGAAAUAGGAAAUAUAUUAACAAGGAGAUCAAUUUUAAGGAUAUUGAUUCCUUUAACUUUCUUAUUUAUAUUUGCUUUAGGUAUAUUUUUACUAAAAUGCAAAUUUAAUUAUUACAGAUUGUAUAUCUAUGAUAUAAAGUGCUCAUUUAUCUUCUUAUGGCUUUUCUUUUCUCCAAGCCUUAUUAAUUAUUUUGUCUAAUAACUUAGCUGUGUUUAAAUUGGUGAUUAUUCUUAUGUUUUAACAGAUAAAUAAUAUUUCUGCUUUGGAGAUGACCAUUAAUAAAAUAUAUUUUUUAUUUUGAUUCCUUCAUUAGUGUUACUCUAUUUGCUUUUACCUUUAUUUUUCCUUUUUAAGCUAAAACAAAAAAGAACUAGCCUUACAAAAAUUGAAAAUAUAAAAGUUUAUGGCAUUUUAUUUUAUGAGUAUAGAUAAGAAAAAUACUACUGGGAAAUAAUAAAGACUACUUAAAAAUCUUUAAUUUAUCUUUGCACCUUUUUUGAUAAUAUUGGAUAUAAAGCUAUAGUUUCUUUAUCAGUAUUAUUUAUUUAUGGUUUAGCAUCAUUCUUUAGUAAACCAUAUAGCAAUAUUUAAUUAAAUAAUCUAGAUUUAAUGGCUUCAGUUCUAUAAUUUAAUUCUAUUGUCUUAGCAAUAAUAAUCAAUCUUAUGGGAAAUACAGUUUGGGAGAGUAUUUUUACUAUAAUUAUUUUCUUCUUCAACUUUUUGUUUAUUGUAAGAAUUUUAUUGAAAGUAAUUUUGAGAGAAAUACCUUUAGAUCCUCAAUAAAGAAAUUUGUUUCAUUUGCUGCUAAUUAAAAUAAAAAAUGUAUUUCCUAAAUUUUUAACAUCAUAAAUAAUCAUAUAAAGCUCCAAUCAAUUAUAAGUAAUGAAAAGAUGGAGCAAGCUUUAAAAAGAAGUAUUUAAAUAUAUUAAACUUAAGAAAAGAAAUUCCAGUAAACAACGAAAUAAUGAUUAAGCUGAUGAAAUUAUUGAAGAACAAGAAUAAAAUAAAAAUUUAAUUAUAUAGAUGAAUUAAUAAACAUCUCUAUACGGUUUAAGCAGCUCUUUUUAAAAAUGUCAAAACAUUUCAGAAAUUAAUCUUCAAAGUAAAAUAAGUAGAAGAAAAUCAAGUGAGAGAAAUAAUUUAAAAAUAGAGAAAUUCUAACUCAUUAAAACGGAUGAUGAAUUUAUAAAUUACUUUGAUGAAAACAGUAUCGCAAGGUCUCCAAUGAGUUUAUUUACUAAAAGAUAAUCUAAAAACAUUAAUGUAUUUGAGUCUCAAUAAACUCAAGAUAAUUGA